GCUAGCCUUCUAUAUAAAGUUCAUGCUUCCUGAAAUAGCCCUCCCAAGAAUGGGAACAUAUACUGGAAUUAGACAACCAAACAAACCAUGGUUCAUUCCUAGUCAACGAGUUGAAUUGACGAAGACAAAAUGUACAAGUGUUUCCAAGCCAUUAGUAAAACCGUCAAAAUUGGUAGUACAUGUAGAUGAUCAAAUAGCGGGUCCAUCCCAUCUAUGCGAUGAUACAUUGACUGAUGUCAAUAACAAUUCAACACCAAAGGAAGUUUGCACCAAUAAAAGGACUGGUCGAUGCAGAACAGCAAAGUUUGUUGGUCGACAGAUUCGACACAAAUGGAUUGUUGAUAAGGAAACCAAAAAGAGCAAAUGGUAUAUUGGAACAGUGAUAGAUGUAGUAUCAGGAAAAGACGGUGAUCCACAAGCGGUACAUGAAGUCUUGUAUAAAGGAGAAGACAGCCCAUAUGAGGUGGAUGGUCUUCAACGGGAUUUAGAUGAAGGCUCGUUGAAGUUCGUUGAUAUAUAGACAAGAAAACAUUGCGAAAAAGGUUCCAGCUGCUGUCAGUGGAUAUAUGAAUACACAAAGAAAAUAAGGACUUACAACUCCCAAGAAGAAAGUGGUUUAUGAGGUGAAAAAAUGUCAUUAUUGAC